AUGCUGAACAGGAUCUUCUUCCUUUGCCUGUUUCUCGGUCUGUACAGUGGAGGCUCCCUGCUGAGCUGCAGAUGGAUGGAUCAUAAAUUCAGACAGUACAGUGAAAACUCUUUGGAUCUACUAGACACCAUGGCUAAUAAUUCCACUAACACCACUGAGGAUGCUGAAGUGGACGACGCUGUGGCCUUCCCUUACGAUCUGUACAACGCGGCGUCCACAGCAUCGGCUGAGGAUAAACUUGGUUUCACGGUGCAGGUUCUGGAGGAGACGGCCGUCCUGUUUGAGGGGGAUCACAGCUCUGCGUCGUGGGAGGAGAGAAGAGCGGAGAACUUUCUCAAUGUUGUGACCCAGCAGGCCGACGGCCUUCGCUCCUGUAUCCGGAGCCACGGCCACAAGAAGAAGAACAAGAAGCUGCACAUGUAUUUCAAGAGACUCUCACGUCAUGUCCUAGAACGAGUGGGCCACAGUGCUGAAGCCUGGGAGCUGAUCAGGAAGGAAAUCAAAACCCAUCUAAUGAGAGCAGACCAGCUGGUUUCAUCUCUACUCACCGCCAACUAAAAUCUUUCUGUCG